CCUACCUCUCUCUCUCUCUCUCUCUCUCUACUGCCAUGUGAGGAUGAAGCAUUGCUUCCCUGGGUGAAGCAUUGAUGCAUGGGGAUGUCCAGAAAGACACAAGUAAAGAAGAGGCGCAUCAGCUCUCCGCCUCCCCCUUCUACCCUUCUUCUCCACCAUUCCGAACAUCAUCUUCUUCCCAACUCAGAAACCACCACUUCUGCAAAUCCCCGUAGCCCUUACCCUAAUUUCCAAAGGCCCACUCCUCAAGAAUGCCUUAUUGUUAGAGACGCUCUUAUCUCUCUACAUGGAUUCCCUGAAGAGUUUGCAGAGUUUAGAAGAAAGGAGGCGGUCGUUAAUGAUUCUUUUGAAGAAAAACAGCAAAAGCUGGAUGAUGAGGGAGAGGUUCGAAUUGCGCCACUGAUUCAAGGAGGGAGCGUAUUGGAUGGGCUCGUGAGCGUCAUUUUGUCUCAGAACACCACUGAUGUGAACUCUCGUCGUGCUUUCGAGUCGCUCAAGUUGGCUUUUCCAACAUGGGAGGAUGUGCACGCAGCAGAAUCCAAAUCUGUGGUGAAUACCAUCAAAUGUGGUGGUUUAGCAGAGACAAAAGCUUCUUGUAUUAAGAACAUUUUGAGCGCACUUCUUGAACAGAAAGGAAAAAUAUGCUUGGACUAUUUGAGGGAGAUGCCUAUUGACAAAAUUAAGGCUGAGCUCCGACAUUUCAAAGGAGUUGGGCCAAAAACAGCUUUAAUUUGUUGGCAGGUAGCUUGUGUACUGAUGUUUUAUCUUCAGAAAGAUGAUUUCCCAGUCGACACUCAUGUAUUUCGGAUAGUGAAGGCUAUAGGUUGGGUUCCCUCGGAGGCAAAUCGGGAGAAGGCAUACCUACACCUCAACAGUCAAAUUCCUGAUGACCUAAAAUUUGAUUUGAAUUGUCUCCUCGUAACACAUGGGAAACACUGUGAGAAGUGUACUAAAGGUCACCGAGCCCAGCGAACCCCUCUUGGCUCAUGUCCUCUAUCAAGUUAUUAUGUAUGAGCGCAUUCUAAAUCAGAGGGGAUAUUGGGUUGGCUUUUUAAGGCAUGUGAGAGCCCAAAGUUUCCAGGAGAUCAGUAUUUCAUAGAAGUUGACCAAUUAUGAGCAUGCAGGAUAAUUUUCAGAGACAGUGAUGGAGCAGAUGAGGACUUAAUGGCUGUUUGGGCUUUUGAGGAGUGCUUUGCAGGAGCACUGAGUUGUUUGGCAGUCAUAUCUGGUGAAGCAGGGUGUCUAGAUGCCCUUUCAUUUUCUUCAACUUAAGGUUGUUAGAAAUCCUUUUUUCCUUUGUUUUUUUCCCUUGUUUUGUAUUUCCCUUUUUUUAUUGCGAUUAAAAUGUAGUUAUUUUCCCCUUUUUUGAUCAGUAAGCCUCUAUAGUGCGGUUAUCUUCAUCUUGAAAUUUUCCUGUUGCCAAUUUGGCUUCCUUGUUUUGUAUUAUAUAAUAGAGGAAAGUAUAUCAUGAUAUUUGUGGCAGUGUAUUCUGUAUGAUACUAUAGCUUCAGUCUUCUGGUGUCAAAUCAGUUGGCUGAUUGCAACUGUUAAUCCAACCAAGCAGACUUGACAAACUUAAGGGGCGAAUUGGUUGACAUGAGCCCUUUAUUGAAGAAACCA